CUGUCUUUUUUUUUUGUAAAUAUUAUUAUUUAUUUAUAAUUAUAACAAAUUAAAUAACCGUAAAACUUGUUCAAUAAGAGAUUACAAAGUCCAUUAAAAGCUUAUAAUUUCUAACGUUUCUUCAUAUUAUUAAUAUAAUAUAUUAAUAGUUAAUUUAAAAUAAUAUCAACAAUAGUUGAAUAAUUUAUUAGUUUUAUGGCUUAAAAUAUUUAUAAUUAAUAUUGCAUAUUAUAAAAUAAUGAACUCAUUAAGUGGAUCAAAUAACAGUGAUCAUCAGCUAAAACAAUUUUUAGAAGCAGCAUCAGCAAACCAAAGAUUUCAGGCACUUGUGCACAACUUGACAGACAUUUGUUGGGAUAGCUGUGUGGAUCAUCCUGGUACACGAUUAGAAACAAAAACUCAAAAGUGUAUGGUUAAUUGUGUCGAGAGAUUUAUAGAUACAACAAAUUUCAUAACAAAUCGUCUAGCAAGAGCUGCUAAUCAACAAGAUUAA